GAAUAAAUUUAGAAAAAGAAAAAAAAAAUCUCAUUUUUACCCAAAACCUCACGACUCUGUUUCUGUAUAUCAUCAUCACCCUCUUCACUCAAUAUCUUUCUCUUAUCAAAACCCUAAUCAGAAACUCAUAAAUGGAGCUACUUUCAUCCCCAUCUCUCAGUUCUUAUUGCUCCUUCACUUGCAGACAAUCCACUUCAACAUCCAAAGAAUAUUUUCCCUCUUUAAUCAGAUUUCCAAACACAAAAUCUCAUUUUUCUGUUGGUCUUAAGUUGACUUCAGAAAGGUUGCAACCAUCAAAUUUUACAGUGAAAGCCGUUGUUGGCGACGCAACUUCUGUACCACAUGAUUCUACUACAGAUAACGAGUCGGUUAACGAACAAGUUUACACGAGAGAAAAUUCUCAAAGUGGUGAUAUUUCGGGUGACCCGAAAAUGGUUAGAGUUUGCGACAAGUUAAUUGAGGUUUUCAUGGUUGAUAAACCGAACCCUAUCGAUUGGAGAAGAUUGUUAGCGUUUAGCAAAGAAUGGAACACUAUUCGACCCCACUUUUUCGAAAGAUGUCAAGAACGCGCGGAUAGAGAAGAUGACCCUGGAAUGAAGCACAAGUUACUACGGCUUGGAAGAAAGUUAAAAGAGGUCGACGAAGAUGUGCAAAGACACGAUGAACUUCUUCAAACUGUCAAAAACGCCCCUUCCGAAAUCGGUGAUAUUGUCGCCAGGCGACGUAAAGAUUUCACAAAAGAGUUCUUUAUGCAUCUUCAUGCGGUUGCAGAAUCUUAUCAUGAUAAUGAGGUUGAACAAAAUGCGAUUGCAAAAAUUGGAAACACAUGCUUGGCUGCCGUACAAGCUUAUGAUACUGCAACUGAAAGCAUCGAAGCAAUUAAUGCGGCAGAAUUAAAAUUUCAGGAUCUUAUCAAUUCUCCUUCGGUUGAUGCCGCUUGUCGGAAAAUCGAUAAUCUGGCUGAAAAAAAUCAGUUAGAUUCCGCAUUGGUUUUAAUGAUUACUAAAGCUUGGUCAGCCGCAAAGGAGACGAACAUGAUGAAAGAUGAAGUAAAAGAUAUAUUAUAUCAUUUGUACAUGACGGCAAGAGGUAAUCUUCAACGGCUUAUGCCAAAAGAGGUCCGGAUUGUUAAGUAUCUUCUUACUAUUGAAGACCCCGAAAGGUUGUUAUCUGCUCUAAAUGACGCUUUUACCCCUGGUGACGAGCUCGAAGGGAAGGAUUUUGACAACUUAUAUACGACACCAGAAAAACUGCAUACUUGGAUCAAGGCAGUGGUGAAUGCUUAUCAUUUUAGCCGAGAAGGGACACUCGUAAAGGAAGCUCGAGAUCUUAUGAACCCUAAAAUCAUCCAAAAAUUGGAAGAAAUGGAGAAACUAAUCCGAGAUAAGUUUAUGUAAACAUUCAUAGCUUCGUCUUUUUGGGGUGCAGCCCUUUGCGAGAGACGUAGAGUAGAACAAUUGGGCGCGGUUCAUAUGGUGUAUACAUGGUUGUGAAGUGAAACCUUGAUAGAAAAACAAAGUUUUUGAAAACUAGAAUCUUUUGAUAGAAUGUUGUGGACAUGGUUAGAGCUGUA